UCUUCAUCAUCAAGCCCCUACUCCUCAAUCUCCUCAAGCAGCUUUCAUUCCCUUAAAACCACAACAAGCGCAACUUUAGAUCAACAUGUACAAGUCCUUGGUUCUCAUCGGUGCUUUCUUGUUCUCUGCCGUCGCUGUCCAGGCUGCUCCUACUACUCAGGACAGUGGUUCGUGGUGCUACAACCCCAAGAAUGAACCUUACUGGGGUGCUGCCACUGCCUCCUGCUGCAAUGGCAACCUUGGAGACGACCGUCGCUGCCACAACAUCUCCGACUGCAGGGCUUUCUACCGCUGCUGCAUGAUUAAGUGGAACAGCGGCAACCACGAGUCUGAUAAAUGCUACUAAAUCAACUCCAGGGCAAGACUAACAUCAUCCGACUUACAAAAAAAGAAAGAAAAAAAAAUAUCUGUUACUCAACUACGGUCUAUUAUCAAUUUAUUUGAAAAUAAAUUUAUUCCUUGCCCCAC